AGUUCGAGCGGCGGCGGCGGCGCCGGCGCGGGGCUGGAGGUGCCUUUGACAGCGCGUGCGGGCGCAUGGCGGUUUCUCGGUGCGUGAGGCCUUUGGGCGCCUCGCGCUGAGUCGCGAGCCGCCCCGCUCCCCGGAUGGAAGCGGAGGCCGGGCUCCAGCUGCCGCCUCUUUCCGGGCGGGCUCCCCGGGGCCGCUGCUGGGUGCUGCCCACCGCGCUGCUCUGCCUGUACGGCUUCUUCGCCAGCCUGCGGCCCUCGGAGCCCUUCCUCACCCGCUACCUGCUGGGGCCGGACAAGAACCUCACCGAGACCCAGGUUUUCAAUGAAAUUUAUCCAGUAUGGACCUACUCUUAUUUGGUGUUGCUGUUUCCUGUAUUCCUUGCAACAGACUAUCUCAGGUACAAACCUGUAAUCCUCCUCCAGGGACUGAGCCUUAUAGUGACAUGGUUCAUGCUGCUCUACGCCCAAGGAUUGCUAGCUAUUCAGUUCCUUGAGUUCUUCUAUGGAUUGGUGACUGCUACGGAGAUUGCCUAUUAUUCCUACAUCUAUAGCAUUGUGGAUUUGAACUUGUACCAGAAAGUCACCAGUUACUGUCGAAGUGCCACCCUGGUGGGUUACACUGUGGGUUCUAUCUGUGGACAGGUUCUGGUAUCGGUUGCCAAUUGGUCUCUGUUCAGCUUGAACGUCAUCUCCCUGACCUCUGUGUCUGUGGCUUUUGCCACAGCUUGGUUUCUGCCAAUGCCACAGAAAAGUCUUUUCUUUCAUCACGUCUUGAGAGGCCAGGUCAGUAGGGAGAUGACAACUCCAUUUUUACAAUCUAGAACUUUAAUCGGAGAUGAUCCUGCCUUAAAAAGAGUCCCUGGGUGGGAAGACAUUGAAUCGAAAGUUCCCUUAAAUGUAGAAGAGCAUUCUGCAAAGACACAGGAGCAGAAAGUGGAGAUCUCAAAGGUGCUCAGAGAGCUGUGGCGGGACUUCCUGCAGUGCUAUUCUUCCCGGCCUAUGCUCUGCUGGUCUGUGUGGUGGGCAUUCUCAACUUGUGGCUACUUCCAGGUAAUAAACUACACGCAAGGCUUGUGGGAAAUGGUGCUGCCUUCUCAGAGGUUCGAGAUCUAUAAUGGUGGCGUGGAGGCAGUUUCUACGCUACUAGGAGCUGUUGCUGUAUUUGCUGUGGGUUACAUAAAAGUAUCCUGGGCUACCUGGGGUGAGGUGGCAUUGGCCCUGUUCUCCUUCCUCAUUGCUGCUGCUGUAUAUGUCAUGGACACUGUUCGUAACAUCUGGGUGUGUUAUGCCUCAUAUGUAAUCUUCAGAAUUGUCUACAUGCUUCUCAUCACAAUAGCAACGUUCCAAAUUGCUACCAAUCUAAGCAUGGAGCGGUACGCCCUGGUGUUUGGUAUCAAUACUUUCAUUGCCUUGGCUUUGCAGACUUUGCUCACCUUGAUUGUUGUUGACUCCAGUGGUCUUGGGCUAAACAUAUUCACACAGUUCAUGAUCUACGCUAGUUACUUUGCAGCCAUAUCGCUGGUGUUCUUGGUCAGUGGCAUAUACAGUGUUAUGAAGAAUUACAGAAGACAGGAAGAGAUGCCAAGCAGUUCUACUGCAAGCCCUCCUCAGUGCAGCGAAUGAGGACAUAUUCAGCUGUGAUGUAUGAAGAUGAAGUAUUUAUUAGUGUCUUUGCCAUUUGUUUUCCAAGGCAGUCAUCUGAAGUGUAAUUUAUACUAUAUUAGUAGCACACAUCAGAGGGAAAAUUAUUUAAUUAGAUCUUACGUAAGUAAGAAUAGACAUUCCUUCUCAAAUGCCUUUUUUUUAUUGUUCAGUUCCAUGUGUACGGAGGUGCACUGAGGUAUCACGAGUUUGCUCAAGAGGUGAAAGGCUAGUGAAACCUGGGGCUCUCAAGAUCAUCAAUGCAAAUAAGGCUUUGUGUGUGUAAAUGCGCCCUCCAUCCACCUAUCAGUGUUUGAGCACGAAAAGCCUGGAGCUGCUACAGAUCAGUUGUGAGGUUCACUAGCAGAGCUCUGUGUGUGGGUGGUGGUGGUGGUGGGGUCCAGGGCUGGAAUAGCAUAGGGCAUGCUAUAGGUCAAAAUGGAGGUACAUUGGCAUAGCUGGCAUUGUGCCUUACCCAUGCUGUUACACGCACACUUCUGAGUACUGAAUAUAUUUUAAAUUUGAGGUUUGUAUGUCUGCAUGUUUCUUCAUAUUGCUUGUACUAUUUCUACCUGGUCUGCCAUCCCGUCUGUCAGAGUAUCAAACGUAGCUUUCCUUGGUUCUCUCCCCUGAAAGCUAAAAUGUGUUCUGGACUAGCCUUCUGACACCAGUGAGUUGGCUGUUGGCAAAUACAUUUUGUUCUGGGUAAGUCCAUGCUGUGGCUUGCUUCAAAAGGACUAUAAUGCUGGAGAGAACCGAAGAAGCUAUCUAUUUGCCCAGAAUACUGGUCUAUGGGAUCAUGGAUGUCCUUUAGAACUCUUGACUCCUGUAAUGCAAAGGCCAUUGACCUUGAAUGCUCCAGUAUAGGUUACUAUAGUACACUAGUACUGGGAAUGAAGUUGAGUGACUGCAGUUACUGCAGUUUUUUCAUUUAAAUACUCACUUCUUUUUUCUUUUAAAACAUUUGGUGACAUCCUAUUGUGAUUAGGUCUGUCCAUACUUAAACCCUUCCCCCUUUCUAACUGGACAGGAAAACUCAAUGCAUCCUAAAACCUGCCUUUGUUUUGCAGUCUGGACAACUUAUGACUCGCCUGAGUAAUUUGGAAAAGGAAAUACACAAAAGAUUGCACUGCUGUAUCUAAAUUGGCUCUUUGGGGAGGGUCAGUUGCUAUGCUGUAUGCUUCCUAUCCAGCUGAUUUUACCAUGUUUACUCACUUCUGCCUUUAUUUAUUUUAUUUGUAAAUGCAACUGAGGUUUCACAGGGCGGAAGAAUUUUUUUUCUGCUGAGAACUGAGAAUCGUCCAUGGGGGAUGUUGGGAAGGGAGAUAGUUCCAUGAGAGAAUGCUUUUUUUACAAAGUGAGCCACAGAAUUGAGUGUGUAAGUUCAUUAUUCUCCUGCUGUCCAGGACCUGAUCCAUCUCAGGUUUGAGUUACUUUAAAGAGUCCAACAAGUAUAGAUGGACCUCAGGCAAAAUCCCAGGAUCUGGACUUCCCCAAACUUCCUGAUGUUUGAAAUCUGAUUUCUUAAUGUUUCCUGGGGCCAUUUUUGCUGACAUCUAUUUGUAUGUAACUUAGCUACCAUAUCCUGAAAAAGAAACUUGAAAGGAACAUUUAAGUGUGUUUUUUAAGAAAACUUCUCAAGCAGUGUUAGAGGGUAGGUUUUAGGCAAGAAGAAAUAGUGAUUAAACAUAAUUUGAUAACUGUUCUUGGAAAACAAUGGCCAUUUCACAUGCAGCCCCUUGUGAUAUAAUCUCAGCCUGGUUGCAGAUGAUACAGGAGCAUGGGGAUGAAUACCCAAAAGAGGAAGCUGAACCUCCUAGCUGUGGCUCCCGGGUGGGGAGGUGGGAGAGGAGACAUGGUCUGGGAUAAGGGGGUCAAAGCUGGGGAUGGGGCUGGAGCAGAGCUGGGAACGGAAGGACUAGGUGGUGUUCCCUCCCCACCCCUGUGGGGGCUGGCCUGGGCCCCACCAUGCCCUCUCCCUUCCUUCCUCCCUCCUCCCCGAGCGUUUUGCCCCACAGUUUGGGGACCUCUGUUCUAGAGUGAUGUUACUAAUGGAUUGUGGCAAGAUCAAAAUGUCUAUAGGACAAAAAUUAUUGCCAUGUCUGUUUUAAAUAUAUGGUCACUUUACCUACAUUCAUUGGUUUAAAUAAUUAUAGUGUAUCUUAAGCCUGGAAGUCCUUUUCAGGUUCUUAUGCUAUGCCAUCACUGUGGUAUCUGAAUGCUGCAGUGAUGGAGUAUAAGAACCUAGAUGGAGGAGGAGAUUUGUUUGUGGAAGCAAAGGUACAUACAUAUGAAAUAUUGCAAACAAGACAUAAUCAUGGAUAGGACCUUUUUAUUUGAUUUUGUUCUGAUAUUACAGCAACUUUUAUCAAAUAAAGUAUUUUACACAGUAUUUCCUAAAAUGAUCUUAUCUGUAUUUCAGCACCUUGCUUAUCUUGAGCAUUGCUAUGGCAAUGGGCAUGGCUUUUUCUAAUAGUUUUUAUGUAACAGGAAGUGCGGGGGUGGGUGAAUUAAAAAGGAACCACAGCUAAAACAAAUCUUGGUGGAUGGCAAUUAACUAUUUACUGUUCUUGGUAGCUUUGUAGAUGUCAGUAUAGGAAAAAUCUUGUGUCCUAAGACACGGUCUCUACUCUGACCUCUUUGGGCUGCUUAGCAAUCUAGUUUUAGUAAAUAUUUAUUCAGCAAGGGUGAAAUUCAUUUGUAGGUGGAGGGCCCAGUAAAAGGGUACUGUAGGAGGGAACACUAGUCAAGGAGCCACAGACACAUCCGCUGCAUGGGAGAGGAGAGAUCACUGGAAAGCAGGUUCCAGAGAGGCAGGUUCAAGGAAGAGCCACUGAAUGGAUGCGUGUGACCAGGAACCCUCACACACAGAGAGCUGCCACCACCCCAGCCCACAAACUCUACAAAAUAACCCCCCAGAGAGAGGUUGUGCUUCAGUUCCAGUCUAAGGGUGGAGGUGGCUUGGCUUUUGCGAAACCUGAUCCAGUAGAGUGAGGUUUGAGGGAGAAUGUAGGUGCUCGAAGAGUAGCUGUUGCUCUGUGUGACCAUUGCUGUAUAGUGGCCACGUGAAGGACUCUUGCAUCGAUGUAAGUACUGAAGACAUGAGCCAGAGGCCUGAGCAUCAAGCAGCAAAUAUCCCAGGUAAGAAGUAGAGGUCAGCCAGAAAGGGGAAAUACUUAAAGUAGGUUUGCUGGGUCCACAUCUGAAAACUAGGUGGGGAGACAAAAAUAGUGCUGUCUAUGUCACCACCACUACAUUCACCAGCAAGCAAAAAGGAGUUAUGCUACCACAGUGUGUCUUCUCUAUAACCAACUCUUAAAGAUCAUUACCUUGGGAUCUAGACUAUUUUUAAUUAGUUUUAUGUACUACACCUCCCCCUGCCAAGUCUUCUGGCUUUACAGAUGCUAUCUUGUUUCAAAAAGUCUCUCUCAUAUUUAAUAUAUGGAAGAGCUGAACAAACAAGGCAAACGUUCACUAUACAAGCGAAAUGAGGAAAUUGACAGCACACACAGUCCCAUUAAAAGCAAGAAAUCUAUAUAAUGUAAUGUAGAAUAGUGUGCUUUUUUUUUUAAAUCGUGUGGAUGUUUUUUUGCCCCAAAUUGGUGGUGUCCCUCUAAUUUGGAAAAGGGUUGCUUUGGUCUGGGACUGUAUUGAUUUGUUGUAUCCUAGUGCCACCUAGGGCACCAAUCAAAUUACUGGGACACCAAACAACACUUACAAAGUGCAAAACUAGUGAUCCUGGAACACUUAUUGCUCUCGGAAUACACAUGGUAGUGGGCACUAUGCUUGGUAGCAAGUAUAUGCAAGUUUGGGCCAAUAAUAAGGGAAAGGCAGAACAUCAUUUUCUAGUACUUCACUUUUACAAAGUGCUUCUCAUCAGAGUUCUUAAAAGUACUUUACAAAGGAGGUCAGUAUCAUUACUCCCAUUUUCCAAAGGGGGAAACUCAGGUGCAGAGAUGAAGUGAUGUGCAGGAUCACCCAGCAGGCCAGUGGUAGAACUUAAUUCCUUAUCUUUAAUCUGAAAAUUGAUGACAAUAGUUCACCCUUCUGCCUUACCUGGAUGACUAGAUGAGCUGAUUUAGCUGGGUUUCCAGGCAAUCUAGGGGAUUAAAACCUGAUGCUUCAGGCUAGAUUCAGCUGUGAUGGUGAACUAUAAAGCAAUGGGUGAGAUUCACUCAAUGAUGUGUCUCCGCUUGGCACAAGAAUCCCAGUGGAAGGCAGUUUGUCAGGUAGGAGGUCAUAAUUGCAGCCACAACUAUCCAUUUGUAGAGAGCUCUGGAGAUAGUGAAGCUCCAAAAGUGCAUGGGUGUGGCUAGGUUUGCAAUGAGCCAGCAGCCACUGAGGGCAUUCCUGGAAGCCCCCAGCAGAACUUAAAACUAACAUCUCCCAGGGAGCAACCCUAGUGGGCAGGGGGAUGGAGUGGAAACACCUUGAAGUAAAUCUGGAGGUACAACGUGAACUUCCCUGUACCAGCUAUGCCACUUGCUAAAGCUUUAUAGUCACAAGCGUCUCCUUUUUUGGUAAGUCUAGUAUUGCCUGUGGGAAAUUAGAGCAGGCUUGAUGCAAAGUCUGUAAUGUGAGUUGUCAUGUGAAAACAGUGUGUCUCAAGUGUUCUGGUCAAUAAGCAUCUAUUUCAGUCUAGCUAAAGGUGACAUCUAACCAAUGGUUCUCUGUGCUGUCAUCACUUGCCCAUUAAAAUUGUGUUUUGAAAACCAAUGGCAUGUUUACCAUAAGUGCUAGGAGACUUUCAGAAAAGAAGUAAUACAGCAAGUUUAAAUUGGCUAUUUAAAUGUUACUAUAAGAUUUGUCAGAAUUAGUGGAGCCCUAUAUUAUUUGCAAGGUGUUGACAGGUGCUUAGUAACAGUGACAUGCUCCCAGGAACCUAAGAAUGCUGCUGAUAGCCACCAUUUCAAACAAAAGGGUUUCUAGUUCAUAAUGACCUGUUUCUAUUUAUACAUUGUAUGGCUGGCUUCAUUGCCAUGCAACAGCUACCAGAGCCUGCUAAGCACAAAGAUACACUGUGCUACAAUCUACAGGUAUUAUUUGUUUUACGCUCUAUAAACAUCAGACAACCCAGGAUUUAACUGUAAGAUGUUUUGGUACUUAAAGAUCUCUUUGAAUUCUUUCCAUUCUACCCCUAGUCAUACAUGUGUCAUGAAGUUCCUUGAAAUUUGUGGAAGUUAUUAAUUUGUGUUAACUUCACACUUCAACAUUCUACUCCUAACUUCAUUUGAAUUUGAUCAGUGUUCAUUGCCAAACAAAACAUGUUUAAUACACAAUCUGACAAAUGUAAUCUACAUAACCUCAAACACUGAUGUAAUCCUAAAUCAUUUAAACCUAUUUAAAUUUAUACACUAAUGGUCUUCUCUUAAAAUGUGUACUUCCACAGUAAGUCAUACAGUUAUAACAAAACUUAGUACACUGAAAUUCUGUGGCCUGUCAGAGAUCUAUUAAGGUAUGUCUCAUAACAAAAUUUAACUAUAUAACCAAGAACUUAUUUCAGUUGGCUUAUUUGCACUUAUGAACAUAAUUAUUGGACUAUUGUGUAUGAAAAAGGAAGUGAUUUCUAAAGUUUCUCAGAAUCUUAACUCAGGAUUUUUUGUUAAUGCAAUUUAGAAAUGAACAUCAAAAACUGUCACUUCAUGUUAACCCAGUUGGUUGGGUUGGAAUACUUAUACUUAGCACUCAACAGUUUUCAUCUCUACCUGAUUUUUCACUGCCCUGCACUUGUAGCAAUUUACAUGUAUGCAAAUCCAUGUUGCAAUGGUUUAAAAUGACUAAAGCAGUGGAAGACAAGAUCCUAGCUAUCAGUGAUUUAAAAGGUGGGUAAAUAAGUACCUUACUUUUAAGAAUACUUAGCACUUAUAUGGUCUUCUAGACAGUAUUUGGUCCUGCCAUGAGGGCAGGGGACUGGACUCAAUGACCUCUCGAUGUCCCUUCCAGUCCUUGAAUCUACGAAUUUAUACAGUGUGUUUCCAAAUAAGGCACAGAAUGGCUCAGUGACCUGCCCAAAAUCACACAGCAAGAAGACAGUGACAGAAAUGUGAAUUCUUGCUAUCUAACUUCCAAACCCUACUUUAGAUAACUAAUAAUAUUCACUGAGAACUAUUACAUUGCAGUGGCAGUUUAAACAUCAUUAUAGUAUUGCCAAUAAUAGAGAGGCAUUCUCACUACAAGCUACUGUUUUUCAAAUUUUUGCAUAAACUUAAGCCCAUAAGGCAUUUUAUCAUGUUUAGUAGUAGUGUCUGAAAUAAUUUUUUGAGUUGUUAUAUAUAUAUUUUUUGGUCAUUUGUUUAGAUGUGUGAAUGAGAGUGAUAUUUUCCUCCAUUUAAGCAUCUUCAGUGUUCUUUUUGUGCCCUUCUUGAGCACCUUACAUCUGAUGAGCUCAACAACCUUCGCAAAUAGUGAGAUGCCCUACACCCACUUUCUGAAGCAGCUAAGCUCCCCUAUUUUACAGCUGGGGAAAGAGGCGGGGGAAGGAACUUGCCCAGGGUAACAUCGUGAGUUGGUGUCAGUGCCAGGGUUAGAACCAAAGGCACAUGGAAUUCUUUAGAUAAGUACUUCUCAAGGGCUGGAAUAUGACCUAGAAGUAGAUUGGAAGAGGGUGGUUGGUGAAACACAUCUCAUUGAUGAGAAAGCAGAAAAACCUUUUAGUUACUAGGGCCCAGAAAGAACCUGGGCAAGGGAGGGAAGGAAUAGCUCCCCCUCCUUCUGUUCCUGCAGUCUCUACAGCCCUUCUCUCAAUCCUACUGCAGGUCUUUGCACCUCUUUUUUCCCUGCUUGCCAAGUAUCAGAUUCAGGGCAAUGAAAGUGGCACAUCAGGUUCUGUGGAGAUAACCUCACCACCUUUUGGAGUGAUCCUAUCCAGAGCUGAGGGCUGUGUGGGCACGGUGAGGAGAGGAGAGGCGAGGCACUUCCAUCAGAAGUCCUAGCCACUUGUAGUACCCAGAAACCUCUAGUUGUUUCUUCAUAUGAUCCCUAACAGAUUGUGGGAUUCUGGACCACUGAUCGGUGAAGCAUGCUGCCAAAAACUGUCAUUUAAAAAACUUGCUGUGAAUUAACUUUGUGUAGAUAGCUGUGAAGUGAUUUGAUUUAUAAAAAAUGAUGUGAUAGUGGGGGUGGUAGAAAUACUUAAUGGAACUUCUGCAUUGUUGUCCUUCUCCCUUACGUUCCAUCCCAAGUUUGUAUACAUGUAUGUAUAUUAAAUUAAACUGCUGUUUGCGGUGUUGUUGCUA